ACCAUAUUUAAAGCGAACUACGAGCACCAAGAAUGCAUAGAAUGAGAAUUAUGAAGUAAUAAAUAUUUGUGUAUUCACAUUUGCAUGUGUGUGUGGCUUUAGCUGCUCAUAUUGAUUAACCUCAGCCAGUGUGUGUGUGUGUGUACGUGAGCUCAUUAAAUGAAUUCGAAAACGGUUCUGGACGGCUCCGGAGAAGGUUGAGGUGAAUGCGCUGCUUGGGCAUUUAAUUGCGACAGCAAACCACAGUAGCGGAGAGCAACUGUACGGGAGAGGACUCAGCUUCGAUUUGUGGGCGAACGCGAAUUUCGUUUGGCAGCUGAUAUAAAAAUGAUUGUUGGCAUCGAAAUGAAAAACAGUCGGGAUUCAGUAUUUGAAUACAAUUAGUGUGAAACGAAAAUAAGUCCAAAACGAAAAAGAAACUGAUUAGAAGACAGAAGCACACCUUUAAGAAGUUUAUUAAAGGAAGAAAAAAAAUAAAAUAAAAACAUAAAAUGUUGCGGCUCCCAUUUACGCUGCUCCUGCUCCUUGCCAUUGCACUACUCAGCAGUGCUGCACAGGUGCGUCAACUACGCAACAACCGCCGCACCGCACGCCUUGAGGACGCCGACAGUACCGAUGGGGAGGUGGCUGUGGUAGAGGAAGUGUAUCCCACGCCAUACCCAGCUGCUGGCUAUAGACCAGGGCGUGCAUUCAAUUUACCAGGUGAAGGUGAUAAAGCGGUCGCAGAUGAUGUGCAGGAAGAAGGCUCUGGCCUAGCUACUACCACAACGGAAACCGACACUGAUGUGUACACCAGUACAACCGAGGCUAUUGAUGCGGAAACCACCACACCGUAUAACUGGGUGCCAGCUGAGCUGCACGGCAGUGACGAUGCUGCCAAACAGGGACGCUCUGCUAAAGCACCUUACCCAGCUGCCGGUUGGCGACCCAGUCGUGCUUUUCUGCUGCCCACCGAAGUAAAAGCGGCACAAGAAGCUGAAGCUGCAGCUGCGGUUGCCGCAGCAGGUGUAUCGCCAAACGACCGCGAUAUAGUGGACGCCUUUGAAAGUACCACCACAACACCGCUUGCGCCCUUCACAACACAGCUGCCAGAGGCUGAGAGUGCAACGGAUGUGAUUGAGGAUGCCAUUGAUGCGGCGCAGCAACCAACACUUGCACAGCCAGCAGCAACUAAAGCGCCCAAAGCACCUUAUCCACCAGCUGGUUGGCGUCCAAGUCGCGCCUUCCUACUGCCCACUGAAAUCGAAUCGGCCAAUCAGGAGUCGGGCCUAGCAGUCAACGAGCCAGAGCCACCUGUGUCGCCUGCAGAUAAGGCGGGUCAUCCGGCAUGUGGUGUGAGUGAUAAUCCAGUUGCGCCGAAGCCGGAGGAGGGCGCCAAAGAGAAUCCCGAUGCUGAGCGUGUGUAUGUAACAGCGAAUUUGGGUCCCGCUGUUUUGAACUCGCCGCUCUCAGUGCCAGUUCUGUUGCGUUCUCAGAAGUUGAUCACACCACCCAUAUAUGUGCCUGCGGGUCGUCCCUUCGCCUACUCCGCCAGUGUGCAGAGCUGGCGCUAAGGCGUUUUAAAUGUUAUUGCUGUUUUUUUUUUGUUUGGAUAAGCUUUUUGCUUAGAGUUUCAAAAUAUUUACC